AUGACUUCACUUCCUCCUGCUAUGAGAGAUCUAAGCUACUCACCUAUAAUCUAGCCUUUAAUGGAUAAAAGAAUUAACUAAUUUCUUGAAAAAUCUGUUAGUAGCUAAAGACUAAGUAAAAAAAUUAUAUUUUGUUCUCUAGAAAAUAGAUCCUCCAUAAAAUAGAUCUUUAGCUCAAGUUUAUCGACCAUGAAUUCAGUGGAUGUAAAAAAAACUCCUAUUAGAAGCAUUGCAGAAUCCAAAUAUAAGAGUCAAUCUCCAGGAUGGGAAAAUUCCUUGAUAAAUCAGAAACUAAACUAGAAGGAUUUUAAAUCUUUUACUAUUAAUUAAUCCAAAACAUAAAAAAAGAGAGAUUUGAAUAGUAUCUGCUAAUAUGAUAUAUUUGGAAAAUCUAUAAAGAUUAGCUUGAAGAAAUAAAUUAAAUCUAAGAUGACUGCUGCAAAAGAAGCAAAUAUUUCUAGUUUGUUAAAUUUCGAACAAAUAAGUGAUAGAGAUAUUAUAAAAAAUAGCAUAAAGUUGAGUCCAUAUAAAUCAGUUUAGAGACAAUCUAUAAAAUCACUAGUCUAUCUCUAAUCAUCUCCAUCUUAGAAUUUAGAUUCCUCAAGAAAUUGCAUGCCUAAUAUUAAUUUCAAAAAUAAAGAUUCUAAAAAAAGUCAACAUUCAAUCAGAAAUUUAAAGCAACUAAAUAUUUCUAAUAUCUCAAACAAAUGCAAUAGUAAUGAUGAAGAUAUUACUUUUUUAAAAGAAUCUGAAAACUCUAAUUUGAUUCAAAAAAAGCUUGGAAUUGACUCCUUUUUCUUUUAAGAGGAUAGCAUAGAAUCAAAUCAAAACCAAAAUGUUAUUGAUUUAUCAUAUAAAACAAUAUCAGAAAAAUUUGCUAAAAUAAUCAUUUAGAUUCUUAACAGACCAAAUAAGAGUAAUUUUACUGUUUUGAAGCUAAAAAAUAAUAACCUAACAUCUUAAAUUCUUGAGAUUUUAUUUUCGCAAUUACCUUAACAAAUUCAAGAAAUAGACCUACAGUCAAAUAACCUUGGAAGUUAAGAUCUUUCUCUAUGCUUAAAUCCACUCUCACAGAAAUCUUUUUAUUCCAAUUUAAAAAUUCUAAAUUUGGAGAACAAUAACAUAGGAGAUAUUGGUUUCAAUUAAAUAUACUCAGCUCUUCUUGAAUAUAAUUUAUCUGUUCUCAAUCUAUCUUAAAACUGUUUAACUGAUGGCUGCAUGGAAUGUUUUUCUAAUUUCUUGAAAAAUACUGAAUUCAAUGAAUUAUACAUUAGCCAAAACAAUAUCACUUCUGAAGGUGCACUUUGUCUGGCCUAAGGUUUAGAAGGCAACAACAGCUUACAAGUCUUAGACUUAAGCAAAAAUAACAUUGGAUUUCCUCAAGGGCUAAAUGCUUGCUUGAACAUUGUUAAUAGCAUUUCAAAUAAAAACUCUAAAUUAAAGCACUUAGACCUUUCUUAUAAUAAUAUUUCUAUUGAGGAAUCUGUAGAGAUAUCAACAUCUAUUUAAAAAAAUAAAACUCUAUUUGGAAUACACUACUUGGGUAACGAAGGAAAUUGGUAUUUUGACUCCAAAGGAUAUAUGAAGUAAAACGAAUAAUCUUAAGAAUAAGAACCAGAUAUUUAGCAUUAAAGAAUUGAAGGACUUCAAACAAGAACAAACUCACAAUAAAACAAUUUAAAAAAUGGUGUUUGCUGGAUAUGUGAUGGAUGGGUUGAAUUUACUUUUGAAAUAUUUACUUAAUAAAGUAGUUCUUUUUGUAAAUACCCUGUUUUUUUACACUUUUAAUUUGAUAAUUACUAACCCUGCUUAAUGAAGCAUGAUCUUAAUAACCCUACCAGAUUUUUUUUAACCAGAAUGUGUCCACCAAAUAAAGAAAUUUUAUUUUUCUUUACUAAUAUUGAUAGUAAAAUUGUUUAUCAUGCAAAAGAAUACCAAAAAAUCUUGUUUUUGGCAAAUGAACAUCCUGAAAUAAUUUUCUUUUCACAUGGAGAUAAAAUGGAAUUACAGGAUAAUUCAAAUUCUAUAGUAACUCCUUAAAAAACUAAAAGUGCGAACAAAUUUUUCGAGUUGUAAUACUCUGGCAAAAAUGUGUAAUUCUAAACUCCUUUGUUUAUUAACAAGAUAAAAACUGUUAAAAGCUCAAACUUAUUUUCUAACAAAUACGAAUCUCUGAUUAUGUGCAAACCAAGGAAAGAAGAAAAAAUUUAUUAUUUAAAUUUAGAUAAUUCGUGGUCUAUUAAAACUUCAAUAUUCUUAUCUUCCAUUAGGGAUUAUGAUCAUUUAAUUAACAGAUGCUUUGAAUUCGAUUGGGAAAACUCAAAAAUCAAUACUAUUUUAAACUCUUUCUUAAAUAAUCUUGAGGAAAAAUAAGAAGUAAAAGAACUUUUUAAGAACCAUUAUAAUUUAUUAAUCAAUUUCUACAAAUAUCAUUCUUCUAUAGGAAUGAUUGGUGAUAUACCAACAAUUUCUUAGAGUUAAUUUCUUGCUUUAGCAAACAAAAUGAAAUUGACAGAUGGAAAAUUAUAUAAAACAGUAGACAUUGAUUACAACUUUAUUUCAGCUAUCUCAAAUACAGAUAAGGAACGCAACUAUUUAAAUCCUGAGAAAGCAGUUAUAAGAUUUUAAUUUUUAGAACUGAUUGUAAGAAUCAUCUGUGAUAAAUAUAUGAGAAAGGGAAAUUGCAAAAGUAUUUAAAAGGCAAUCUAAAAAUUUUUUGAUAAAAAAUCUAUCAAAUCAGUAAUAGAAGAAAUAGAAGACCCUUAAAAAUGGAGAGAUGAAAGAUUCUGGAAUGAAGGAUGUGAAUAAGUACUUAAAAAUUACAUGGACACCAUCUAAGAAAUAUGGCAUAGAUGGGCUGACAGUAAAAAAGAAGAAAAAAGAAACUUGAAAUUCCAAAAAUCUAUGAGUAUUUAUGAAUUUACUGACAUGGUUAAGCAAUUUAAAUUGUUAAGUGAAUCUUUUACUGAAAAAGAUGUUUAAAUUAUGUUUAAUCUUUCAAUUAUGAUUCAAAUUGAUGAAAUCAAUAAUAAUAAAUUUAUUAACAUGUCAUUUAUAGAGUUUCUUGAAGCCUUAGGCAGAGUUGCAGAAAAAAAAAUCCUCAUACCUUUAGAAAUGCUUAAAAGCAUCUAAAAUUUUGGAGAAACUGAUCAAAUAAAAUUAGAAUACAAAUUAGAACUCCUCUUAAAUCACUUAAAAGAAAAUAUGUAAAAGAGAACUGAUAAAAAAAUUUCUGAAAGAACACUAAAAUUAGGGAGAAGCAUAUCAAAUUUUAUUUUACCAACUUUUUCAAGAUAAGAUCUUCCUAAAUAGUUCCAAAAAAUUAAUUAAAACUUCUAGGAUUAUUUCAUUUAAUAUUAACUAGAGUAUAGCAGCAGAGAUUCAUGA